AUGACCGCAUCAACUCAAUCGCAAUCGCAAUCGCAGUCGCCCUCCCAAAUCGAACUAACCGCCGCCUCAACCCUGCACCUCCUGGAAGCCCGCCUCCACCGCCUCACAUACCUGCUCACCGGCGACACAGCAUGGACAGGCACGCCCAUGCCCCCGGCAAAACCAGCCUCGCAUAAUGAAACAGUCUCGAGAAAACUGCAGCAUCUUGAGGGCGAGUUGGAAAACCUUAGUGGUCGUUCGGCGGCUGUGAGGGAUGUUUUGGGGCUUUACGACCGAUUCCCAGACCUCUUCUCACCAUCCUCAUCAACACAACCUCCCUCAGACCCAUUCGACACAUCUUCCCUCCAAGACCCCGAAUCGACAUCAACUACAUCCCCAGCAGCACCCGAAAGCCAAAACCAAAGCCAAAACCAACUCCCCGACCUCCCCCUCUCAACCCUCCAAAGCAUAAUCCUGUCCUACGCCUCCACAAUCCCCGAAACUGCCUCGCGCCUGACGUCCCUAAACGACACGCCCGUUCCGGACCCUACGCUCUCCGCCGGCCUGGUCGAGCUGAUGCCGCGCAUGGAGAAACUCUCGGGGGUGCAGGACGGGCAGGCGCGCGAGAUUGCGGAACUCAGGGUUAGGACGGCGAAGGUGUUGCAGAGGGUUUAUGAGGUGGCUUUGCUUGGUGGGGGGGAGGUUUGGGGGGAGUGGGAGGGGAGGAUUGAGAAUGUGGAGAGGGGGGUUAGGAGGGGGGAGGUUGCGAUUGGGAGGGAGGGUAUUUAA